UCAAUAAAAGCCACUUGUGUGGACCUCUGAGGAGCCCAAACUUUCCAGUAGCAUCAAAGGCAUCUAUCUGCUGCACUAAAAGGAAGAGGCUCCUAAAAUUAUUAAAAAGAAAAAAAAGCAGAAUAGAGAUUUUUUUUUUUUAAUCCAUAUUAGCACUGAAGAGGGUCUUUUGUGUGGAAAAAAACAAAAACAAAAUGACAAGUCUACUUUGCAUCACGAUAUUCUCCUUGACCCUGGUUGGCAGCGUGUACAGUCUGCCGACAUACUCAGUUAAGAUGUUCGCCGAUCUUGGAGGCAACGUUACUUUGCCGUGUCGUUUGCCGGAAGAAAGCUCCAGCUUCUUUAGCGUCGGUAUCCGAGUGAAAUGGACCAAGCUGGCAGAGGACGAGGCUCUGAAUGAAGACGUGUUGCUUUCCAUGGGCUUCCACAAGAAAACAUACGGGAGCUUCGAAGAUCGCGUCUACCUGCGGGAGUUGGAUAGUGACGACGCUUCCUUGGUGAUAACGGACGUUUCCAUGGAUGACGCCGGAACGUACCGUUGCGAGAUCAUCAACGGGUUUGUCGAUACCAUGCAAGAUAUUUGCUUGGAAGUGAAAAGUGACAUAGCUGAUGGUGUUGUGUUCCCCUACUUUACGCCUCUCGGCCGCUACAGCUAUAAUUUCGACGAGGCUGUGGAGGCUUGUUUGGAACAGGACGCGGUGGUCGCCACCUUCGAUCAUCUAUUCGAAGCCUGGAAGGACGGCCUGGACUGGUGCAAUGCUGGCUGGCUGGCUGAUGGUACCGUGCAAUAUCCCAUAACAAAGCCUAGAGAACCAUGCGGUGGUGCCAACAACGGACCCGGCCUCAGAAGCUACGGCAGGCGGGACAAAUACAUGACCCGCUUUGAUGUGUUCUGCUUCGCCACGCCAUUAAAGGGACAUUUCUACUGGCUGACCCAACCCGAAAGACUCAACUUCGUUGAGGCCGUCCAGGCUUGCGUCGACGAUGGCGCCGAGAUCGCCAAGGUGGGUCACAUGUUUGCCGCUUGGGAGCUGGAAGGCUACGAUCGUUGCGACGCCGGCUGGUUGGCCGACGGCAGCGUCCGCUACCCCAUCUCCAGACCUCGCAAGAACUGCAGCCCCACCGAGGCUGCCGUGCGCUUUGUCGGCUUUCCGGACAAGCAAGAAAGGCUCUACGGUGUCUACUGCUUUAGGCCUGAGCCCUGAGGAGCUCGGCUGAAGCCAUGACCACCAAAGAGUCUCAUCAACCGCAACUCCAAAAAUGACAUAAUCUUGAGUCAAAUGAACAUUAGUACAUCCAGAAACCGUGGUUACCAUUAUCAUAUCAUAUGCAAUGAUUGAUAUAUGCAUCAUUGAUUUCUCAGCGACAAGGAGUUGGGCGUCCCUUCUCCACAAAGUAAUUAUGGAAGGCUUAGCGCUGCUAUGAUCAAAGUGCAAACAUUGAAACCGUUUGGGGUUUUUUUUAUACAACAUAAUACAAGUUUGCAAUAUAUUCAGCAAAUGUCAGCUUGC